CGGGACGCAGAACUAAUGUGUACUUACGAGUUGGAAGGCGCUCAACUUUACUCAAUACGGUGGUACAGAAAUAUGAUAGAAUUCUAUCGAUACGUACCAAAGGAAUCGCCGGCUACCAAAGUCUUUCCCGUCGCUGAGAUUAAAGUCGACGUAGCAGCAUCAGAUCGAAAUCGAGUGGUCCUGACGGAAGUGGACCGCUCUUUAACGGGAAAGUAUCAAUGUGAAGUUUCAGCCGACGCGCCUCUCUUCCACACGGAUAUAAAGUCAGCGGAAAUGGUGGUUGUAGAACCACCACUGCUGAAUCCUAAUGUCACGUCAGAUAGGAUGACGUACAUAGGUGGUGACCACAUUCGGGCGAAUUGCACUUCACCACCUUCGCUACCAGCUGCCAACAUUACGUGGUACGUCAAUGAACAAAUGGUUCCCAGCUUUACAGCAAAUCACGUACUGAACUUCAGCAACGGUUACGCUUCCAGCCUGUCCACUUUAGAAUUAGAAGCAGCCGUCUUAUCUCCUGUACCUACUCUUAUGAUACGAUGCGAGGCGUCUAUUUUCGACGUUUGGAAAGCGACGAGCCACACAAUAGUUCUUCGUGAACGAAGUUCGAAUCCAGCCUCGGCUUUAGGCAGGAGUUUUACAGGGGGUGCCACAGAGACCUGCAUACCAACAAUCUUGGUACUUCUGUUACAUUUCUUUUUACAAUUCCUCUUAGAGAGCUACGCUGAGACGUCGAUAAGAUAGCUGAUUAGCUUAAAAUAGGUUAAGUUUAUGAAGUAUUCUAUGUGUAUUCUAUAAAAUAUGUUAAAACUGUAGUCAGUUGACGUUCUCAAGCAUUGUUUUAAUAAAUAUUAAAGACAA